GAAUAAGGGCGCUGGUGAGUAAGGUAUGAUAAUAGUCCAUUUCCCAAGUUUCGAAUCUUCCAUUGCCAUUUCCCCUACUCCGCUCAAUAUAACUUAUUUAUGGGGGGGAAAUGCAGCGGUAACGCCACCCUGCAGAGAUAAAUGUGCUUCCGAAUGGCGGAGGGCAAAUUGGCGAGGGCCAAAGCCAAGAAGCACGAUAAGCUGCGCUACAAGAUGCUCUGCUGCUUCACUCGCCACUUUACUAGCGGCCCUCGUGAGCCUCCCCAGGAUGUGCGCACCCUUUAUGAGAGUUACUGUGGCCAGGGAGGCUCCAUGACCCCAGAGGUGUUGCAGAGGUUUCUCAACGAUUAUGGCGCUGUUGAAAAAGAUGCACAGCGGGUGAUGGAGAUGCUUCGGGAGCGGGGGCAGCUCACCUUUUACCACCACCACCACCUGCCCCUGGAUGCAUUCUUUGGGUACCUCUUUAGUGAUGAUCUCAAUCCACCUGUUGAUAAGAAGAUCCACCAUGAUAUGACAGCACCACUAUCUCAUUAUUUUAUAUUUACCGGCCAUAAUUCCUAUUUAACUGGGAAUCAAUUGAACAGUGAUUGCAGUGAUGAACCUAUUAUCAAAGCACUUAAGAGAGGAGUGCGUGGAAUUGAAUUGGACAUUUGGCCAAAUUCAAAUAAAGAUGACAUAAAUGUUCUUCAUGGAAGAACACUGACUGCUCCUGUGAAGUUUAUUAAAUGUAUUCAAUCGAUAAAAGAGCAUGCAUUUGUUGCAUCAGAGUAUCCUGUUAUUAUAACAUUGGAGGAUCACCUUACUCCAGAGCUCCAGGACAAAUUAGCCAAGAUGAUGACUGAAACAUUUGGGGAUAUGCUCUUCUACCCAGAUCCAAAUGACUAUAAAGUGCUCCCUUCACCGGAAGAUCUGAAACAUCAUAUAAUCAUCUCAACUAAACCACCCAAGGAAUAUCUAGAAAGACAGAAUUCUGCAGAUCUUGAAAGUGGGGGCAAUGAGGGAAAAAAUACCGGUGAAGAGGAAACAUGGGGAGAUGAAAUCCCAGAUUUUGAGAAUGUGGAGCCUGAUGAAAAGGAUGCACAUGGUGUUGGCUCUGCAGAAGAAGAUUUGGAUGAUGACAAUGGAGUUCCUCGAGAGAAAAUUGAAACACCAGGGUACAAACAACUUAUUGCCAUCCGUGGUGGAAAGGUCAAAGGACUGUCCUUGAAAGAUAUACUGAGAGUUGAUGAUGACUAUGUUAAACGUAUCAGUUUAAGUUUACCAAAAUUGAAAAAACUUGCAAAGUUGCAUCCAGAUCAUAUUGUUAGAUUUACCCAGAAAAAUAUAUUGAGGAUAUAUCCAGAGAGUACACGUGUCAUGUCCUCAAAUGGUAACCCUUUUUUGGGUUGGACACAUGGUGCACAGAUGGUUGCGUUCAAUAUGCAGGGAUAUGGAAGAAACCUCUGGUUGGCUCAUGGUUUUUUUCGGGCUAAUGGAGAGUGUGGUUAUGUCAAAAAGCCUAACAUUUUACUUCUAAAUGCAAAUGAUAAUAGUGACGAUUGUCAAGAUAUUUUCAAUCCAAAAAAUCCAAGGCCAGUCAAAACAACAUUAAGGGUCAAAGUCUAUAUGGGUGAUGGUUGGGUACAAGACUUCAAGAAAACUCAUUUUGACCUUUACUCUCCUCCUGACUUUUAUACAAGGGUUGGGAUCGCAGGUGUGCCAGCUGAUACAGUUAUGAAAAGGACAAGGGCAAUCGAAGAUAACUGGAUUCCUUGCUGGGGUGCCGAGUUUAGCUUCCCUUUAACAGUCCCAGAGUUGGCUUUACUUCGUGUUGAGGUGCAUGAGUAUGACAUGUCUGAAAAAGAUGACUUUGGUGGUCAGACAUGCUUACCUGUGGCAGAAUUGAAGACAGGAAUUCGGGCUGUCCCUCUCUUCAACAAGAAAGGAGAAAAAUACCAGUCUGUGAGGCUCCUCAUGCGCUUUGAAUUUGUCCCAUCAUGAGUUGCUAGAAUACGUAUCUUAAUUAUUGUAUCUAUCCUUUAGGCAUCCUUAGCCUUGUGGACGUUAAAAUUGGUUUCUUUCCUUCUUUCUUUCUUUCUAGGUGGUUUCCAACCUCGUUCUAUUUCAAAGUUACGACAUAUUUCAAAGGUGCCUUUAUUAUUUUAUUGUUAAAAAAAAGUUUCCCAAAGUCUAAUGCGCCUUAAAAAAAUGUGCAACUAAAAAUUGUUUGUAUGGAUGAAUUAACUGUUAAGAUUCAAUAAAGAUUUGAAGCAUUUAUUAUUAUGUA